GGCGAAAGCCAACGCUGUGAUUUCUGCUGUUUGAAAGCAGGGGCUUGUUUCAGAGCACAAAACAACAAGGAUGAAGACUCUUAACAGUGAUGCGGUAACAGAGGUACUAUCGGGGACGUUGGUGUGAAACAUUGCCGGCUUCAGCUCGGUCUGUCGGUGUCCGUAGGGAAAUUGACGUCCGCCUGCGGGAACAUGGGCAGAGUCGCAGAUGGACGUCGGCGCCUUCGUUGAGUGUACCUGGAUUUGUUGUUGUUAGCCGCCAAUGCUAACCAUAGAAGUUGCGAGCUAGCUGGCCUAGCAAGCUAAUGCAUAAGGCGAGAAAACGGCAGUUUGCCACUUUUGGUUCGUUGGACCCGCUCUGGGCCGCCCGGUGACCGAGCGAACUGUUUAGCUAAUGGAUACAACUAACGCGGAAUCCAGUGGGUCGAUAACUAUAGCUUUAGCAAAGCUUCCGAAGUAUCAGUUGGAGUAGUUAGGUUCUAGCUUCCCGGACAGCCACAACCACUAUCCCUGGAAGAAUGAGUAGAAAACACCACCACUUUAAAGGAGCCGAAGUCAGCUGCUGCGUCAAAUACUUCUUAUUUGGCUUCAAUAUCAUAUUCUGGUUACUAGGAGCGGCAUUCUUGGGUAUAGGCCUGUGGGCAUGGGCGGAGAAGGGCGUGCUGUCCAAUCUGUCGUUAAUCACAGAUCUCGGGGGCUUUGACCCCGUGUGGCUCUUCAUCGUGGUAGGAGGGGUUAUGUUCAUCCUGGGUUUUGCCGGUUGCAUCGGAGCGCUCAGAGAAAACACCUUCCUGCUAAAAUUUUUUUCUGUGUUCCUGGGUUUGAUCUUCUUCUUGGAGCUGACUGCAGGGAUCCUCGCCUUUGUCUUCAAAGACUGGAUCAAAGACCAGCUCAACUUUUUCAUCAACAAUAAUGUCAAGGCCUACCGGGAUGACAUCGACUUGCAGAAUCUCAUCGACUUUGCUCAAGAAUAUUGGUCAUGCUGCGGCGCUCACGGCCCAGACGACUGGAACCUGAACAUCUACUUCAACUGCACUGACAAGAAUCCAAGUAGAGAGCGCUGUGGGGUGCCCUUCUCCUGCUGCGUCAAAGAUCCUGCAGAGGACGUCAUCAACACGCAGUGUGGUUAUGAUAUUCGGCUUCAAUUGGAAAUGGAGCGGCAAAAAUUUAUCCACACCAAAGGCUGUGUGGGACAGUUUGAGAAGUGGCUUCAAGACAACCUGAUAAUUGUGGCUGGAAUCUUUGUCGGUAUUGCACUUUUACAGAUUUUCGGUAUCUGCCUUGCUCAAAAUUUGGUGAGUGAUGUCAAAGCUGUCAAAGCCAACUGGUGACAGGGGAGGUGAAGUGGGACAGCCCCACCCCUCCGGCCCAGCCAGGUCAACAAAGCACACUAACAGUCCCGUCCAGCUGUGGACAGAUAGCCUACAGCUCCGGCCGCCCUGCUGCUGAGCAGCUCCCACUCUUGUACAUGUGCUGACACAAAGAGUUCACUUCCCCAUCCACUAGUGACACUUGAAUGGGGGGUUGAAAUGAUUCCAUGCUAACCAAAAAGCUGGGAUUUUUUAACCCAAAUAGAACUGAAGACUCAUGCUUACUUCAGCAUCAGUCCCUUAUUUUCUGUUUCCUCUGAUUUCUGUUCUUUGGGCAAAUUGCAAACAGUUGCACACAGACCCCUGUCAGCUGAGGCUAAGGAAGCCAUGGAUGGAAGUAAGAGACAACAAAAACAAAGGAAGAGUGACAGCAAGUCUCCCUUUAUAGGUCAAGCAUCACAGAGCUUGUUUUUACUGCGUGUAUCCCCACAUCCUGCCCCAGAGGAUGGUGGGUGGCUGGCCAGCCCACUGAUAAACACAUGGAUUCCACCGCAUGUCAAUUUUCUUUUGUCUCCUAUGUGGCGUCCUGUUAUGACCACUGAAAAAAAGAACACUAUAAAGACUGGCUGAUCACAUCUGCAACUUCAAGUCAUUUCAGGAAAUCUGCAUUCUAGUUUCUAAUGUGAAAAGUGCCAUUGAUUUCCAACGAUGUUUAUGUCUCCUUCCUGUUCUAAACACCCUUUUCCACCGGUACCUCAGGGCCCAGCAGACUUUAUAUGCUUCCUGCCACGGGUAAAAACAUAUCUGCAUUUUCCCGUCCACAUGAGUGGAAUUCUGAUGUCGCCCUGUUUGCCCCCGUCGUGCUUGUGUUGUCUGUUGAUGAACUGACAGAUGCUUUAUUUUAUUACAUGGGAUGACCUGGCGCGGUAAGGAUUGUAGGUCAGUGCAAUGAUAGGGUUUAAUAGUAGACGUUUAUCACUUAGCAUCCCUCUGGCACAUGGGAUUGCUGGUUUGGGGCCUUUUUUUACUUCUCUAAAGUCACCACAUCUGUCUUACUGUGUGCCCUCUGUAUAAGAAUAUGUGUCUGUUCAUUUAAAAAGUCCUUUUUUUCAUAUUUCAUUUUUGUGUGCUCUUAUGGAUUCAUAUAUUCUCAGUUCAUUGUUUGAUUUCACCUGGCACCUGAUUUUCCUUUGAAUACAACAGUAGAACUGCAAAAUGGCUUCUGUUUGUUGAUAUUUGCAGUCCUAAUGGAGACCAAAUACGAUCAGCUGACUUCCAGAAAACUGCUAACGUUUUGUCUGGCUGUAAAUUUGAUUUUAUCGGAAUGCCACCAGUCAGCUGAGAUUUCCAGAUAGUCAAAAUGUGAAUAGAUUGUUGCAAGUGCCAGUUAAGUUGAAAAAUUAAACAAAGAUUAAAAGUAAGACAGGAAAAUGCACCAUUGCUACUGUCCUAGAUGAAAUCGUGUCUUUUUUUUUUGUUUGGACUGAAAUAUAGAUAGAAUAGUAAAUACAUGGUCUUAUGUUUUUUUUAUACCAGUAACAGACUCAAUAUAACAUGAACGCUGCUUUAACUUUCAGCUAUGUAGUGCCGUAAUCUAGCUAACAAGAGGUCUCAUGAUGGAAUCCCAAUCAAAAUGUUUUGUUUUUUAUCAUUGUUUUCAGGCUGGGAAUAUUUUCCGAAUAUUGAUUUACCAUGAAGUUUACAAGCUGUACCCGGCCCACAUUGCCCUGUCUUUAUUUGUUAUAAAAUUGUUGGCUCUUAUGAGUUGCAUUUCAUCGUCUGUCAAAUGCAAAAUCUGAUCCGCUCGGGCUCACUCGAUUAUUUUCCAACUUCCUUUACAGCGGUUAACCAUUAUCAUUUAGAUACCAGGCCUAUCUAGGAACAGAGAGAUCUUCUUGAGUACACACAGGUCUGCAUAUGCACAUUUAACAACACACAACAUGCCCUCGGUUUGAAUGCAGUGCACACAUCCGAAGAUGAGACGCAGUCACUUCCCGUGAACAAUGCACCAAAACUUUCCCUGCUCUUCUGAGCCCGUCUGUGGAUUAUAUAUAGGAGCUGGUUCAGUGACACCUUAUGAUCGUCAGCUCUGCGUACACAUGGAUGUUAGUUUCACCCACACGCCUCCACCUCAAAACACUAUCUGAUCAGAGUGCAUCUGCUUCACAGUGUGCCAUACUGAUGUAUUUUUAAACAGUGGGGACAGAAGGAAAUGCAAAACUAAACAACAGUCAUUUGAAUUUAGGUGUCACAAACGCUGGUGUCAGGGUGCCACCGGUGGAGCACGGCACAGAGUGACGGAGCCUUAAUGACUUCUCACACCUCAAAAUGGAUGUGCAUCCAAAGGAGAAGCUCUUAUCUUUCAGCACUUUAGGUGGAACCAGUUAGUAAAAGCCACUGAUGAUUUAAAAACAACCCAAAAAAACUGCAUAUUAGUCACAGGAUUAACACCUCACCGCUCAUUCUCACCCAAAGUUGCAACAUUUGCCUGCCGUGAAAUUUUUUCGUUUUCUUUCUUUUCAUCCGCUGCAUUCCAGACGUUUGUGGCUUGUUUCAUUUCGCCGGGUGUUGCGAAUCAUCCCGUUCCACUCCAGUUUUACAGAAGAUCUGGGUGCUUAAAGAUGAACGCAUGUCUUUCACUCUUUUUUAUUUUAUUUCUUUCGACAGGGAGUGUUGCCUCGGGGUUUUGAGCACACUUUUCUCUCCUAGAAAACAAACGAAAAAGCACUAAGUAUGCAUGGGCUUUUCUUGUCAGACGUGACAAAAUGGAGAGCUGCUGCCUCCUCUUUCGCGCUGAGGGGCAGACCGACACCACCACUGUCAGCUCUGCCGCGUCUUUCCAGAGGAAGCUCUCCCGUCUCCCCUCUGUCUCUGCAGCUGCUGCCGUUUCCCGACAUUUGUGUCAAUAAUCAGACAGCCGCCUCGGUCAUAAUGCUGCAAUAAUUUGCAGCCUGGCAGGAGUUAAUAUGCAGACUACAGAGGUGACUCACAGGAGUGUGGCGUUUUAACGGCUUAGGGUUAUUCGGCUUUUGUAUUCCUUUAAUGUUGUAGAAAAUGGGAUGAAAAUGCAAAUUAUGCUUUGUCCUUUGUCACAAUGGCCUUGUAUCACAAAACACCUUUCUUAAGUUCUUUGAUGUCCCUGUGGGAACUUAAAUAAUUCCCCCGGAGGAGCCUUAUGCAUCCCAUGAAUGUAAACAUCUGUAUCAGCAUGGACCUACUGCUCCUCGUUCAGUUUUAAAUUCCCUUUUAUGCUGUGCAGUGCGCGGCACAGGUGAGUCUACAAAUGUGAAUAAAGAGUUGUAUUCAAUUUUAUUAUUAGCUGUUCUCCUGGUUUUUUAUGCUUUUUAAAACACAGAAGUGACCAUGAGAGCGGAUGAGCAUACCCUUUACUUUAUUCUCUAGUGUUUAUGCAGGGCUUCAUUUAAUAUGCAAUGAUAAAACAUUUAAGUCAGCAGAUGCAACUAAUUGUCUCGUUAUUUAUUCUCUCUUCUGUAGCUGUUAAUGUGGGUGAUUUAUGAAUCAUGAAAAAAACAUCCACUCUCCAGCUAAAAAUCCCUUUGUGUAUUAAAGACAAAGUGGUGGAUGUGGUUUAUCCUGUGAACCUUUUCUCAGCUUAAUCAUUGUCUGCAAGUGUUGUUUAACCUUUUUUUUUUUUUUUAAAUACAACAUGGACCAGUCUUACCUCAUCUUCUGCUUCCCACAUCAGAGCACAGAGACUCAGCAGAGCUGAUUAGUCGGUGCACAUCUUAACAGCAGAAGCGCUGUUGUUCGUAGUGACAUUUCCAUAGCAGGGCAUGACAUUUAAGGCAGAUACAAGUGUGAACCGACAGUAAUAUUUGCGGGGGCAUUUUGCCAGAUUGAUGGGUUCCACAGAUUUGUCUCAGAGUAUGGACACAGUUCAUGGUUACUUUGCCACACUGAAACCAUUACAAGCAUGUGCAACCAUCACAACAAUCCUCCUUCAUUGCGCGUUAACAUUUGUUUUUGCAAAUAUUCUCGCUUGCAGCUGAUUGCAAAUCAACCAUGUUCCAUCAGUUUUUUUCCCACUUUUUCCUGCCUGUUUUCGAAGGGGUUGGUCUUGUCAAAUAACAUCAAUGGGAACUGGUCUGUUACACUGUAUAUUCUGUGAAAAUAUGCUUCUUUCAUAUAUUAAAGGAUUCCUGAGAUCA